CAGCAAUUCACUUUGCAAACUGUCAGCGAGAUGAAGGCGCCGUCCAUUCGCCUCGCGACAGUUCUCGUGAGCAUUCUCGGCCGCUGUGUCGCGGACGAGCACUCAGCGUGCCUGCCUGAUUCGACGCCCGCCCCGACGGCUGCGCCAACGCUCGCCCCGACGGCUGCACCAACGCCCGCCCCGACGGCUGCACCAACGCCCAAGCCGCUCGGAUGCCCAUUCGUCAACACCGCGGUUUACAUAAAGUUGACUGCAGUCGACCAAUCUGGGAAAUGGGAUUGCACCGGCGACAACCUCGUGGCUUCCCUCACCAACGUAGGCAAUACAUGGGUAUUUCUUGCCCAAGGCAACGGGUUCGUGAUUUCGCCCACGCGCGACCAUACGUACACGUAUUGCGUCCCCGAUGGCGAUCGACUUCGAUGCAACGGCGAAUUCAAAGACGCCGCCAUUUUCAAGUGCAUCGAUGGCGACGAUGGCAACGUUGCGAUCCAGGUCGACGGAAGAUACGUCACGGCCGCUGCCAAUGCGCUCGUCUUGAAGCCCAGAAACGACACGCUCAGCAGCGACCAGCAAUGGAUCCCCUCCGGCUGGUGAACACAGCGAGACCGAGCGACGGUAGAGUAAUGUCUAAGUGAACGGGCUGUUAAAAGUGCUUCGCAGGCGUGUG